CACGACAAUCAGAUUGCCUUUGAUGUACUUUGUGGGGAGCUCAAUAUCUUCGUCUCCAACAUUUCAUGGCGAAUCACUCCCUUUCACCCUACCAAAGCUCUCCGCCCACACUAAACUCAUCCACGAAUCCACAAGAUCUCGGAACCCAGCUCCGGCAGCUGAAGCAAUUGCAACAGAAACCCAACUAGAAUCUGAGUUCCAAAGCGGUGGAUCUGUAUGUCACUCGCUAUCGUUCUGCUACAUAGAUUAUGAAAUUGAAGUUCUAAACCCAAAGUCAGGGUUAUUGAUGCUUUUUGAAUUGAAUUGGAUGACUUGUUGGAGCUGAACUUUAUUGGUAGAGAUAAUUGCCAUUUUUUCCUUGAUUCGAUACACUACUCUUCUUAAAUGAAAUACACAGAAAUGUUACCACUUCUGUUGUAAAUAGAAUGAGUUUUUUACUAGUAAAAUAUAAAUUAAGUUGUUUAUAUUAAAUGUUGGUCUUGUUUUAAACUAAUUUAGUAGUAUAAUUUGUUUAUAUUAUUGAAAUUAUUGGGGGAAAUGAAACUUUGAAAAGAGAGUUGCAUAAUGAUAUUAAAAAAAUAAAGAAAGGAAGAGGAAAAAAAAAAAGAAAAAGGAAAAGGAAAAGGAAACGGAAAAAGGAAUUGUAGAUUUUUAAUGGACAUCUUCAUGUCAUGUAUAAAUUAUAAGGCUAGUCGGGACAUCCUAACCACACACUACGAUUGAUGAGGUGGCACCGCAGUAUGCGAUGAACACUACACUCACCCCUCAAUUUUCAAUGUGGUAUGUUCACCACAAAAAGCUAGCUUAACUCACUUCUUUUUGCGGUGCGAUGAACACUACACCCACCC